AUGUUUGAUCCACAAUUUCGUCUUUCACCCGAUCAAUUGGGUAAUAGUACAACAUCUGAUGAUUCAUUAUCGAAUGGAUUAUGGCCACAAAUGUCAUUUGAUCAUCUUCUUGAACAUCAUGAUAUACCACAAACAAAAUCUUUAUCAAUUAAUGAUACACCUAAUAAUGAUUUUUGGUCAUCAUCAGCACAAUUUAAUGAAUUUUUUAAUAACUAUAACCGACAAUAUCAACAACAAAAUCAACCACUUGAUAUAUCAUCUUUACUUUCAUCAUCGCCACCUCAACAACAACAUCAACAUCAACAGCAACAGCAACAUCAACAGCAACAGCAACAGCAACAGCAACAACAUUUUACAGUACCUCCUUUCGUUGACAAUCAUAUAUUCGAACCACAGCAAGAUAGUCAACCAUUAUUUUUCGGACAAUAUCCACCUGAAACUAAUCAAAUGUCUAUGAGAAGAGAUUCACUUCGUCCUACUCAACAACCACCACCUCAACCCUAUGUUAAUCGUUCUCGACAAACAGCACAUCUUCAACGUCAACAUCAACAACAACAACAACAACAACAGCAUCAUCAUCGUACUCCACCACUUCUUCAAAUACCUAAUGAAGAUCAUUAUCAACAACAACAGCAGCAGCAGCAACAACCACAUACAAUCGGUCCAUCACGUUUCAAACAAAAUCAAGUUCCUGCUUAUGUUGCCUGUUUAAAUCAUGGUAUUAAUUAUAAUGGUGUAUCCGGUCCACCUAUAUUAUUACCCCCAUCAUUUUAA